AUGUCCUCUCCUUUCCUUCCUUUGUCGUCACCUUCGGAUUCACCCCUCCGUCCUCGUCGGCCAAGUCUGGACCCAGAGCGCGAAAUCCUCUCCACUCGGGGCCAGCGCUUGAUGAACUUCUUGCCUUCUCGCACGUCGAGUCUCGCAUUGAAUGAUUUGGAUGAUGAUUCAUCAGAGCGCCGCUUGUUCCUUCGCCGUGGACCCUUGUUGAUUGGGCGCAGCAAUCCUCGCUAUGAGUGGCAACGCUACUAUCGAUCAUCUGAAUGCUUGAAAGAUCUCCCAAAGCCCCUCCGGCAAUAUUACGAACGCACCAAUGGCCUCAUCUCUCAAUACCUCUACAUCGAUCGGUUGCUGGAUUCCUCCCUUCCUCACAAUCUGAUAGAGGACUAUAGUGAAACUCAUCGUGAAGCUUCACCCGACGAUCCUCAAGCGAAUGAGGCCGAGGCCUUGGAAACUGUGGAGGCCAACGCCAAAGCUGGAAGAAUAAAGCGCACCCCGCAUAAUCUUUAUCGAAUCCCAGAUGAGACCACCCCCUUGGUGUCAUCCCUAGAGGAACCCAGCGGCAACCCCGAGCCAAUUCCCGAUCUUGAAUCACAGGGCGGCAUGAACCCAGAUGACGAAGAGCGUGUCAUUAAUCUCGCCAUCCGUAUCAAUUUCAUCGCCAACGUUGCCCUCCUCGCCUCCAAGGUCGCCAUCAUGGCCAUGACAGAUUCCAUGUCCAUGCUGGCGGGUCUGGUCGAUGGUAUUUUGGACUUCCUCAGCACAGUGAUCGUCUGGGUGACCACCAUCAUGAUACGCCGUCAAGACCGGAAUAGGUUCCCAAUCAGCCGUCGGCGGCUAGAACCUGUCAGCGUCCUCAUCUUCUCUGUUAUCAUGGUGACUUCAUUUUUCCAAGUCGCACUGUCCUCAGUGAAACAACUCAUGGGAGAUGAACACACCGUUGUCGAGCUCUCCAUUCCAUCCCUUGUGUUGAUGGGGGGCACGGUCUUGGUCAAACUGCUCUGCUGGAUCUGGUGUCGCUUGAUUCCUAGCCCAAGUGUCCAGGUCCUUGCCCAGGAUGCUAUGACGGAUGUCGUUUUCAAUACUUUCAGCAUAAUUUUCCCGCUCAUUGGCACUUUUGCGAAUGUUUGGUACUUGGAUCCUCUGGGUGGUUUGUUCCUUUCGCUGUACAUCAUGUGGAACUGGGGUCAGACGGCAGCCGAAUACAUUCGGCGCUUGACAGGCGCAGCUGCCUCCCCAGAUGAUCACAGUGUCUUGCUAUACAUGACCAUGCGCUUCUCCCGGGUAAUCCUCAAGAUUCAGGACUUGAAAGCCUACUACGCAAGCGACAAACUCAAUGUGGAAGUUGACCUAGUCGUUGAUGAAAAGAUGAGUUUGAGAGAUAGCCACGACGUCGGCGAGAGUCUCCAGUAUAUCAUUGAGAGUGUUCCCACGGUCGAUCGUGCGUUUGUUCACCUUGACUACAAUGUCUGGAACUUGCCAAGCCAUAUGAACCAGAUGGACCGAUGA